CACGCUUUGCUCCAACUGCUCCCCUCCACGCUGCAGCGCGAGCCUCCCCUCGAGCCUUCAUGCCAAAGUCAAACGGAGCGGAUCUGAUCUUUCUUUCUUGAGCUCUGGGUUUAUUUAUUUGUUUGCUUAUUUACGUACUUAUUUAUUUAUUUAUUUAUUGAGUUGUUGCAUCUCGCGUCCUGCUCACCCAGGAGUCAGCACGCGCCCCCGUUUCUCCAGCGCUGCUCUUUGCUCUGAGAUGGCAGUGCGAUGUGCUGCUGCGGUGAUUUUCGGCGCUCUCACGGUUCUCAGCGCGCUGCCGUGCCAAGGAGUGAACGCCUCCGACCGGCAGUACCUCAACGAGUGGGCCGUGGAGAUCCCCGGAGGGGUCGACGUUGCACGAGCGAUCGCCAACGAGCUUGGCUACGAACUAAUCAGACAGAUUGGGGUGCUAGAAAACCAUUAUUUAUUCAAACAUCACAGUCAUCCUAGCAGGACCAAAAGGAGUGCAGAUCACAUCACCAAAAGGCUGUCAGAAGAUGACAGAGUGUCUUGGGCAGAGCAGCAGUAUGAAAAGAAGCGGAGUAAACGCGCUCCACUGGGGGGUGAAUGUAAAGAUUGCUCCGUGGACAAACUCUUCGAUGACCCUAUGUGGAACCAGCAGUGGUACUUGCAAGACACGCGGACGUCUCCAUCUCUACCGAAGCUGGACCUGCAUGUCAUCCCCGUGUGGAAGAAAGGCAUCACAGGCAAAGGCGUGGUCAUCACCGUGCUGGACGAUGGCCUGGAGUGGAACCACACCGACAUCUACCCCAAUUACGAUCCUGCAGCCAGUUAUGAUUUCAACGACAACGACCCCGAUCCUUUCCCCAGAUACGACUCCACCAAUGAGAACAAGCAUGGCACACGGUGUGCAGGUGAGAUUGCAAUGCAGGCGGACAACAACAAAUGUGGAGUCGGAGUGGCUUACAACUCUAAGGUUGGAGGGAUCCGGAUGCUGGAUGGCAUUGUGACGGACGCCAUUGAAGCGAGCUCUAUAGGGUUUAACCCAGACCAUGUAGACAUCUACAGUGCCAGCUGGGGGCCUAAUGAUGAUGGGAAAACAGUGGAGGGGCCUGGACGCUUGGCUCAGAAGGCCUUUGAGUACGGCAUCCUGAAGGGUCGAGGUGGAAAGGGCUCCAUCUUCGUCUGGGCGUCGGGUAACGGCGGACGUCAGGGUGAUAACUGUGACUGUGACGGCUACACAGACAGCAUCUACACCAUCUCCAUCAGCAGCGCAUCACAGCAGGGCCUGUCGCCAUGGUACGCAGAGAAAUGCUCGUCCACCCUGGCCACGGCCUACAGCAGCGGGGACUACACUGACCAGAGGAUCACCAGUGCCGACUUGCACAAUGAAUGCACAGAGACACACACAGGAACAUCUGCCUCUGCCCCACUGGCAGCUGGGAUAUUCGCCCUGGCUUUGGAACAGAAUCCUGAUCUGACCUGGAGGGACCUGCAGCACUUGGUGGUGUGGACGUCUGAGUUUGACCCAUUGGCCAACAACCCUGGCUGGAAGAGGAACGGCGCCGGGCUGAUGGUCAACAGCCGCUUCGGUUUCGGUUUGCUGAACGCUAAGGCUCUGGUAGACCUGGCAGACCCCAAAGUGUGGAAGCACGUGCCUGAGAAAAAGCAGUGCAUAGUCAGAGACGACACCUUCCAGCCCAGGCCUCUGAAGGCAGCAGGUGAGAUCAGCAUUGAGAUUCCCACUAAAGCAUGUGCUGGGCAGACAAACUCUAUAGACUCUCUUGAGCAUGUGCAGGUGGAGGCCAGCAUUGAGUACACGAGGAGAGGAGACUUACACAUCACACUAACAUCUCCGUCAGGAACUACUACAGUGCUGCUGGCUGAGAGGGAGAGGGACACGUCCUCUAAUGGCUUCAGAAACUGGGACUUUAUGUCUGUGCACACCUGGGGGGAGAACCCUACCGGCACCUGGACGCUAAAAAUCACUGACACUUCGGGCCGAAUGGAGAACGAGGGGCAGAUACUGAGCUGGAAGCUGAUUCUUCACGGGACGUCUGAGAAGCCAGAGCACAUGAAGAAGCCGAGAGUGUACACGCCCUACAACGCCGUGCAGAAUGACCGCAGAGGAGUCGAACACAUGGAGGACAUGCUGGAGGAGUCCUCUGUCCCUCCCAAAAAAAUGGAAAAGUCUCGUGCACCAGCUCCCUUCGCUGCCUCUUCCUCUGCCCAGGCUCCUGCCCCAGAAGAGAAGCCUAGAACGGCUCAGGCUGCUUCCACCCCUGACAUAGCCCUGCUGCACCUCCUCCAGUCAGCCUUCAACAGGCAGAGCCCUGCUAUCUACCCCCACUCUGUGGCCUCCCUCAGCCGGGCUCCCCCGCUGCGGGACAGGAUCCCUCAGCAGAAGCUGUACAAGGCCCAGGAGCGCCUCAGCCCUGAGAGCAGCCUGUACAACCACUACAGAGACAGCUUCUACAGGGACCAGGCCGACCGGCACAGAGAUGAGCGGCUGCUGCAAGCUCUGUUCGACAUACUGGAAGGAGAACAGCAGUGAAGGGGGUGGAGAGCAGAGAGGGGGAGGAAGGGGCCAAGGAAAGGAGUAGAUGUAGGGGUAAAAAAGUAGUGAGGUAGAAGAGGGUUCUCAACUACAGUCCUGGGGACCCACUAAGCUGCACAGUUACAAGUAUACCCUGGCCUUGUUUCAGCCUUAAAAGCUCCGCCCACAGAGCUACACAGACCUUCUGAUGUAUGUUAUGCUGUAAUGGUGCAUUUGGACAGUAAACCUUCUUACCAGUUGCCAAGGACCACCCAAACUCAAACACUGGGUAGUUUUGAUAACAUGACAAUUGUAGGAUUUUACAAGGCCAAUGCGAACUUACCACAAGAUGGUGACAGCUAGCAGAAAUUCGUCAGCUACACUCUCAUUGGCCACUUUCACCAUCAUGCACAAGUUUUAUCAGUCCAACAGAAAACAGGCUUUUGUUUAUCAAGCUAAAGACUAGCUAGACAUCAAUAGCAAGCAGUUGGCUGGCUCUGCACACUGUGACAGUUGAGCCUUUUGGCAUAAAAUACAGUAUAUAAACAUUUUGCAAUGCUGCCUUUGGUGCUACCAACACAGGAUUUUCUGGCCACUGUUUCACCACUUUGUUUAAUGGGGGUCUGUUUUUGUUGCAGACCGUUUUUAACAGUCACCUGCCCUACACGCCAUACAAAAACUAUAGUCUGUGAUUUGCUAUUUUUCAUGUCAGUCGAAAGGCCCAUUCCUUGAAAGCAGAUGUUCUUGGCCUAAGACUAUUACCAACUCAAACACACCUGAUCCGGCUCAUGAACAUCUUUAUUAUUAACAGAUGAGUUGCAUCAGAUAUGUUGGAGCAGAUUUGGAAACUUUGCAGUGCAGUGGAUCCUCCCCAGGACUGGAGUUAAGAACCUCAGAGGUAAAGCAAAAUAAGGUCGAAAGAUGCAUGGGGAGUGAGAUCUGAAGGGGCAGAAGGUGAGAAAAAGUGUGGAUGAGUGCAUUACAGCCAGGCACAGAAUGAGAGCAACAUUACUCUUCCAGACAAGCUUGUAAUUUGACACUACUGUUUCUCAUCUGUAAGCGUUCUGAGGCCUGUUUGUGAGUGUCUGUAUGUGUCUGAAGUCUUAAGCAGUGCCAUCUACCCCUCAAAAUACUGGGACCAGUUUCGAAGCCUAUCACGUCCUUUCUCGUCCCCCCGACCUCUCUGCCCAUAGCCGGUUAGUCAUAUCAUGCUGCUUUCAGUGCCGUUAACUUCUGCAUGUUCUAAUUAAAUGAGAUGUUUUCUUUAGUAGAUUAUGAUAACAUGGUGUUCUAUUUAUUGCACAAAAAGUAAAGGUAAUUUGCUUUUUAAACCUCUCUUACCUUCAUAUGUUACUAUCAAUCCAUUUUCAUUUCACAGAUUAUAUUAAAAAAUACCUUAAUGCCUAUACAGAUCUACAUAUAGCUCAAGAGUUUAAAGAGUUUAUUUAUUGCAAAGUGCAGAUGAUGUUUAGAAUUAUUUUGAUUUUAGAUAUUUUAUUAUAUUUUGAUAUAUCUGAUUCCAGGUUUUCAUUUUAUGCUGUUGGUAAAGGUGUCUACAAGAAGUAGUUUCCUUACUUGGUUCUGACACAUGGGUUAAGCAGAUACACCUCAUAACAUUAGUAUUGUGUCUAUUACAUCUAUGGACAGGUGUAUGAUAUCUAGACUCAAAUCUACUCAGAGACUUGAGUUUUUACCAGCUUUUGCACAGUUUCUGUUGUAACUUUUCACCCAUGGUAAGAGAUCAUAAUGAGAAGGAUUGAUGCCACAUGGGUGAGUGGUUUGGAACAUCCUUAAGAGAACCUUAAUUUCAAAACAGGGAAAUAUAACGAGGCAUUAGGCCAACAUCUAAACCUACUGCUAUCUACUAUCAGUUGAUUUUGUAUAUUCAAAGAUUCACAAAAUGAAAUAAAAGUUUAUUUUUCUAUGGAUUCCUAGUAGUUUAUGCAAAUAAACAGAAAAUAGUCUAUAGAACCCUGAUAUUUUACCUCAUAGGAGAACCUCUCUAGUCACAGUCAGGUUGUGUCUCUUUUAUGGCCUUCAUGGUUUCAAUCUGUGAUCAAUCAAAUCUACUCUUGAAUCACCUCUGAAGCUAUUUACAGGAAUCAGUGCUGCCCUAUUGUUGUGUUAUAGAACUGUCUAUGACUGGUAUUCAUGAAACAAUCUUGAAUGUUAGUUUAUCCUGCAUUGGCCACAUCUUCGCUCCUCAUGAAGCAACAUUUAACAGAGAUUGAGUCAUGUGUUUGUGAGAAUUCGUUGGUACUUGAGUUUACAGCAAGGCCUGGUUUGAGUUUGCCGAGUGUGGCUUGGUUUGACUGGUUCUGCGACUGUAGCCCCACUUUCCUGCCAGCUGAGAGAGAAAGUCCACAAGAGUUGAAGGGAGAGAGAACGAAGAACGUUUACACACACAUCCUGUAAUUUAUACAUUUUUCAAUGUAGUCAGUGUUUAUAUGUUAAUUGAUCGAUUGAUUGAUGCUUCUGUCCAAAGUUGUUUACAAAAGCUGAUAUAGUUUCAAUUCUGUAUGAUUAUACCAUAUGGAUUUUAUCGUAAUAAACUGUAAAGUUACCUUGCAAGUGAA